AUGGACUUCGAAGGGCAGAAGCUGGCAGAGACACUGCUCUACCGCCUGCUGAUCGUAUUUGCAGCCAUUGGCUUUGUGGUGGGCUACGCAGCUGGCAGCUUCCGGCUCAUGGUCUUGAUCAACGCCGCCGGCCUUGCUGCGACGCUGCUGGUGGUGGUGCCCAAUUGGCCCUUCUUCAACCGCAACCCGUUCAACUGGCUGCCGCCUCUGAAUCCAGAGGACGCAGCAGCUGGCGGCGGUAGCAGCAGUACGGCCGGUGGCGCAAGCAGUGGCAGUUCAGCCAGCCGGGGCAGCCGAGCCAAGCGGUAG